GUUCCGCGUGUUUGCUGAAGUCUCUCAGUGCAUUUCAGUAAUAAUGACAGAGUGGGAGGGCCACUUGGUGCAACUAAUAAGGACGGCGAUCUAGCAGGCGAUCCCACUGUGACUUUUAUUUCCAAGUCCUGGAAUCCGGAAUCAGACUGAUCGUAAUCACACAUGGAUUAUACUCUUUUUGCAGCUUUUUAUUUGUUCCUGCCUUAGAGGAAACUUUCUCACAAACUGUGUUUUAAGUGGGACUGCUUCCUGGUGUCAGAGCCAUGAUUUGCUUGUUAAGAUGGGCUGCUUUCCUUUGGACUGUAUAUUUCAUUCUUUGCACAUUUGGAAUGUCAGUGAAUGAACAACAAGAUGGCUCUUGUCCCCCUCUGAGUGUAGAAGAACACAGGUUUUCUGAUGUCUUAGAUCGUCCCCUGGAUGUCAAAGGAUUUGAUCUCACUGAAAAGUUUCUUCUCCGAAAGGGGACAGUCACAGAGGACCUGCCGUCGUUUCGUUUAGGAAGCAGUCCACUCAUUAAGCCAACAAAAAUAAUAUUUCCAAAUGGGCUUUCGGGUGAAUACUCCCUUGUCACUAUCUUCCGGGUAAGAAGAACUACAAAAAAAGACCGCUGGUAUCUCUGGCAGAUAUUCGACCAGUCUGGAGGCAGUCAGGUAUCUGUUGUGGUUGAUGGUGGCAAGAAGGGAGUUGAGUUUUCAUUCCAGGGCCAGCUAAAGAAUGUUCUCCGCUACACAUUUAAGAGCCGUGACCUGCAUGCCCUUUUUGAUCGCCAGUGGCAUAAGCUGAGCAUUUCUGUACAGAGCAACAAAGUCUCCAUUUACAUGGACUGCAAGCUAACAGAAAGCAAACUGACUGAUGAGAAGGACAGCAUUGACCCCAAUGGGCGCACUCUCAUCACUACACGAGUGGAGGAUGGACGACCUGUUGAUAUUGAGUUGAGACAAAUUCUAAUCUACUGUGACCCGUAUAUGGCUGAAUUGGAAAAUUGCUGUGAGCUGUUGGAGCCAAAGAAUGAAGCCAUGAAGACCUUUAAUGGGACUUCCCCUCCCCUGGUUACAGCCCAGCUCCCCCAGAUGCUGUCUCAGCCGACCUCACAGCCAAUUGACAGAUGUCACUGUCCAGCUGAAAAGGGAAAAGAUAGUCUUCCAGGUGUGGCUGGACUGGCAGGACAAAAAGGGGAUAAAGGAGACAAGGGGGACACAGGGGAGGCCGGGCCUUCAGGAAACCCAGGACAUAAGGGGGAACUUGGAUCAGAAGGGCAAAAGGGAAUCGAUGGGGAGAAGGGUGAUGUAGGUCUUUCUGGAGCUCGGGGGCUGCCUGCUGACAAAGAGUGCGUCAAAGGAGACAAGGGCCCUCCAGGGGACAAAGGAGAAAAGGGAUUGGCUGGGGUGCCAGGAGAACCAGGCAAAGAGGGAAAAAGGGGACGCAGAGGAAAGACUGGGGAGCCUGGACUCAGAGGCCUGCCUGUGGAGAGGGUUGAGCCUGCAGUUCCAGGGGCAAAAGGGGAGAAAGGAGAGAGAGGAGACCCUGGCCAGCCAGGUGCUGAAGGGGCCAGUGGGAUGAAAGGACAAAAAGGUGAUGUUGGCCUUCCUGGUCCUCCUGGUCCUGUGAUGACAGCUCAUGGAUUGAGACAGCUCUCUGAAACUGAUGCAAUGACGGAGAAGACACAAAAGGGAGAAAAGGGAGAUGAGGGGGAGAGAGGACCGCAAGGCUUCAAGGGAAACAUCGGGCUGCCAGGGCUCAAGGGAGAUCAAGGACCAGAGGGCAAGCAAGGCCUGCCUGGACCCACUGGACUCUCAGGCGAGCCAGGCUCGCCAGGGGAGUCGGGGAUGCCUGGGAGAGAUGGCCUGAAAGGAGAAAAGGGGGACUCUGGUGGAGUAAUGGGACCACAGGGACCCAAGGGUGAGCCUGGAGAGCCUGGAGGUGGAUAUACGAGCGAUGGGUUGCCUGUAAGCAGAGGGUCUCGCGGGCCCAAGGGUGAGAGAGGUGUCCCAGGUUUGCCCGGUGACCAUGGUGAUAAAGGCGAACCUGGAGAGAGUAUCACAGGCUCGCCUGGCCGCAUGGGACCCCCAGGAAAGCCCGGAAUUGAGGGCCCCCGCGGACCCCCAGGUUUAUCUGGCCCUCCCGGAGUUCCAGGAACAGAGGGCUCCCCUGGAUGGCCAGGCCCCCCGGGACCUGCUGGACCUCCAGGUGAACCAACUGCCCUGCCAAUUUUUGGAGACAUGGGUGCAUUACUCAAGAAUGCCUGCAGUGUGUGCCAGACGAGAGUCCCAGGGCUGCCUGGGAUGAAGGGAGAGAAGGGGUCCCUUGGACCGCAAGGAGUCGAAGGCAUGGUGGGAGAAAAGGGAGAUCCAGGUGUAAGAGGUCCCAUGGGAAACCCUGGAAAAGAAGGCCCAAAGGGAGUAAAAGGAGAGAGAGGGUUCCCAGGCCCCACAGGAGAUAAAGGUGAUGAGGGCACUGCAGGAGUACCAGGACUUCCUGGGGUGACCGGUCGUACAGGGGCCCCGGGGCUUAUGGGUAGACCCGGGCCAAUGGGCCAACAAGGAGGAAAAGGAGAAAAAGGAAAUGAAGGACCUCCAGGCAGGCCAGGGCUCCCAGGGCCUCCGGGUUUAACAAAUGUGGAGGGCAAUGGGAUGAGCAGUCUGUUCAAGCUGGAGAGUGGGGGAGCAAUUUUAGGACCCCCUGGAGCUCCUGGCGCUCCGGGUCCCAAAGGAGAUGAAGGACUUCCAGGGGACCCAGGGGCCAUGGGAUUACCCGGGCUUGAAGGGCUACCCGGUGCCAAGGGUGAUAUUGGUUUGCCUGGCCCACCUGGUAUACUAGGUCCUCCUGGGAAGCCCGGCCCUCGCGGAGAGCCAGGGAUCCCAGGAGAGCCGGGUGAGAGGGGGCCGCUCGGAGAGACAGGAUUCCCAGGGCCCGAGGGACCCCAAGGUGUUCCUGGGAGACCUGGAAAAGAUGGAACUCCUGGAUACAAGGGAUCUGCAGGUGCAACAGGGGACAGAGGUUCCAAAGGAGAACGUGGUGAUCCAGGGAUUCCUGGAGAGAGGGGUGUUCAAGGCGAGAGGGGUCGCUCAGGAGAUCCUGGCCCCAUUGGACAGAUUGGCCCUCCAGGCCAAAAGGGCGAUCCUGGCCCUCCAGUAAAUUUGGACAAUGUGAACCUCUUGGCUGAUCCCAGCUUCAAAGAAGAACUCAAAAUGUUUAUCAGAACUGAAGUAUUGAGGGUCUUCGAAGAGAAGCUAUCAAGCACUGCCACGCUGCAGAAGACACCUGCAGGGAUCUUAGCUACACAGGUCCACGGGCCUCCAGGACCUCCUGGAAAGGAUGGAUCACCAGGCCCCCCAGGAGAGCAGGGACCUCCUGGUCCUCAUGGGUACAGGGGGCAGAAAGGAGAGCGAGGUCAGCUUGGUCUGGGGUUACCAGGAGAGCCAGGAUCCAUGGGCCCACCAGGCCCUCCUGGGAUCACUUCUAAGGGCCCUCCUGGCCCUCCGGGGCCCCGUGGACCUACUGGGACUUGUGACCCCAGUGACUGUCUUCUUCCAUCCCUGUGAACCCAGCAGAGUGGUUCAUAUAUGGGGCUGGUUGGAACGUAGAUGCCCGGCUCCGAGCUCAGUGCUGCAGCAGAUGGCCUCGCUGUAUGUAAGAGCUUCCUCAGCUCUGCUUCAUCGGACAGACUCACAACUGACCUCUUUAGUUCACUUUACAACAACAUUUGGAUGCAGCCAGAAUUUGUUCUUUUUCUUUCAUCUUGCAAUGCUGUACUAAUAAGGUAUUUCUUUUUUUCACAUCCCCUACUGUGAUGUAAUGCAUUCCUUGUCAAUUCUCAUUAUGUCUUUCAAGACCAUGAAAUGACUUUAUUUUAUCAACUUCAGUCCUGUCUGAAAACAUGAUCUUAAUUAUUUGUUUGCCUUCUUAAUGGGCUUGCCUAUUCAGUCGUCUGUUCUUAUUUAGAUAAGCCAAUGUGCCGUCAGAAGGUACUCUCACUUGUGUUUUUGUGUGUGUGUGUGUGUGUGUGUGUGCGUGUGUGCGUGUGUGUGUGUGUCUGUGUAAAGUUGUGAUAAAACAACAGAUUUCUGAGACUCCAUAUGCAACCAAAGUGCAGCAGAUGUGACUGAUAUGCAAAUAAUUUAUUUUUAGCGUGUUCUUCAAGGAUGUAGUUAACAUGGUUCUAAUAGUUGCAGUGAAUGUAGCAUGGAUAUUCAGUAAUAUUAUUAUUAGAAAGUGGCUUGAUACAUUUCAAGAUUACUAAGAGUUAUGUUUUAUGAAAUUAUCACUCAUGACACAUAUGCAAUGUGCAUGAUAAUAAUUAUUUUGAUCAUUUAUAAAGACGUCUUCCUAUUUUCUUUAGGUUCGGCGACGUUACUGAAAACUAUAUCUGUUGUUGUACAAAAACCUACAACUCAGACUGUUUGUCUGAAACUACUGUAUUUGUAAAAGUGUGUUCAGACCAAAUGCAAAGAGAAUUAUUUUGUAUUUAGCUCGCAAAUAUUCACCCUUAAGUUAGUUACGUCACAACGUCAGUGCCAACUUGGUUUGUGGUAAAGUACAACCAAUAGCUGGAAGCAAGUUACAGAUAUAUUCUUUUCAAAAAACACCAUGUAGUCCUACGGCUUCGCUCGCUUUUCUCCAAGCCGUCUCCUCUCUGUACAGUACUGACGUUGAGUCCUAGAGUUCCAGCUGCCCACGGACACCAACAUUAAGUUUGUCCUCCAUUUUCAAUUCUCGUUGAUGUCAGUAUAAUCACACACUGAUAGGCUUUCACCACACGCAUCUUCCACCCAAAUGUAAACAUUUCAGUAUGCACGUAUUAUUUUGUCUUUUUAUCGACUAAUUGUAAUCGUGCAGAAAGGAAUUUUGCUUUGUGUUUGGUCUGAACACACCAAACACACAUAUUUCAAGGGCAGAUUUGAAGAAUGUACUUUUAACGUUGUGUAUGUUUAAGGAGUGUGAUGUAAACUCACAUUCACUCUGUUGUUGGAUUAAUCUGUAAAUAAGUGGAAUGAGUUAUUGAGGUUUUUCUUUUUCUUUCUUCCCGUCUAAUGGGGAUUGUAUCGGGACCUGACAAUACAUUUACAUAAGCAAGUUGUCAUUGUAAUGACACAAUAAGGUUCCCACUGUGUGUGUGUGAGUGUGUGUGCGCGUUUGUGUGUGUGUGUGUGUGUGUGCGUGUGUGUGUGUGUGUGUGUGUCCAUUGAUAAAUAACAUUUACCUGGUUUACAUGCUGAAUGAUGAUUCCUCUGGUUUAUUUGUAUAUUUUUGGUUUUCAGCUACACAAAGCGAAUCAGGAUUACUACACUACAACUUCAGACUUUUGAGUUUUGUUAAAAAUAUACUCAUGAAUGUAUACUUGAAUUUCGUCU